AAGGUCAAUGCAACUAAGAAACUAAAAUUAUAAGAUGAAUUUAGAUUUAGAGCAUACCGAUAAAAGACAAGGUGUGCCCGGAAUAAACAAAUAGAUAUACUGAGGGUUCUAGAAACCAUGCUAACACAAUAGAACUUGGAUCCGGUAAACAAAGUGCUUCAAGGUCUAAACCAGUAGUCCAACUCGUAGUAUAUACUCCCCAGAGAAAGCUUAUGAGUAAUCCUGUCUCAGAGAUGAUUACACAAUCAAUCUCGCUGAAAUUCCAGUUGUUCGUGUCACCGUGCAAGGGAGUAGUGGACGAAAGCCGAAUGCUGCUCACGACUGGAUGGUGGCUGUGUGUUGCAUCUGUGUCACGGCGGGCAUGUAUUGCUUCUUCCUCAUAUUCGUGGGUAGGUCCUGAUGGCGACCGCUUUCUGAAAACGCGCGAUGAUCACUCAGACACGAUGCUCCAGUGGCUGACUUGCUUAAACAUCCAGACGACGUCACGGACGUGCGCACAGCUUACGCAGUCAAACAAACUACACCGCCGGACAGUAUUGGUUGCGUCAAGAAAUGGCCACCUUCACUGGUCGCAUGUCCCCUACAGAGACAUUUUGUACUAUGGAACCGCAUAGUAUAGCUUAGUGGAGUUUUCUGGGUGGACUUGACGGAGGGAAACAGCGCACUGCAGGUGAAUCCAAUCUUCAUCACAGAUCUGCCUCAUUAACGACGUUUGAUUACCUGUUUUCUCUGCUGUUUCAAAUGCGGGGCACAACUGCGCCGCACAACGCUGCAUACGAGAAGAAACUAGAGCUGGCACAGCGAUUGAGGUGUUCAGUCUGCAGCGGCAAGGUUACCGUUAAUGCAGUCUCAACCGUCACACGUGGCGUGUCCAAGAGCCGUCUCAUCGUGAUAUUGAACGAUAUAGAGGACUUGUGAGAGGUACGUGAGGAAUUUAAUGUUGUAAGAAAUCGCGCGUGACGACUGACUUGCGCGAAGUGGCGUUGUGGUCAUGCUGCUAUGUUUCACUUGCGGCCUAAUCAUCAGAAAUCUACAGGCAAUGCAGGUAGCCUGAUUACAUCCGGGAAACGAAUGCCUACUGCUCAUAGGUGACCGUUUCGUCGAAUCGGAGAGAGUGCCAGCGAACCCGCAUGGAGUUUCGGGGAAAGUCUGUAGCGCCAAAAAAAACAACUUAGUGUGCCUGAAUGGCACCAAUGUGACCGAGACUCUUGAGCAUUGCCCGGUUGUGGUCACGAUCGGGUAUUGAUAUUCUUUAAUGCCAUUGCACAAGUCUAGGAUGCUCGAAGAGGUGUCAACUAUUCACGUGAAGCCAUUCUGAGCUGAGCGUGUAGCUAUUCAGGCAUCUGCAAGCCCACUCAAUAGUGUCUUCUUUGAUAUGAAGUCAAAAGGGACGGUUUCGAACUGGUUGCAAGGCGCCUACGCAACUGCAAGCAAGAAUAUUUUGUGCAUCCGGCAGACGAAGUUAAAACAAAAAAUUCCUCUUACGAGGAGGUGCCUCUGCCAGCUGCCGCGUUGUAAAACGUGCGAGCAGGAACAGCCACGCAGAGAAUGGACCCCAUCAGGUAGCUGCCAUAUCUAGCCGAAUUAUGCUUUCUUCGGCCCACUGCUUCGCCGUCGGAUGUUGAAGUAGUCUCUCCGAGGUUACCGCUGGUGGCGUUCUACGAGUGAGAAAAAGCGUCAUUACAGGUGUCGACGUUCAGUUGGAAGUAACUGCCGUCAACAACUUCACUGGUUCACAACGAAGUGGCCAGAACAUGCUUCAUGCCUCAGAAGCCUCGACGUUUCUCCAUGAUACUGGAGAGAUAACAGGGUACAUCCACCUGGUGGUUUCCGUUUUCCCACCAUUCGCAGACGUUUGACUGGUGAUCCUCAAUUGGAUUUUUAGGCUCCCUGACCGGAGAUCCAGAGGAUGAGCACCCCUCAUACCAAGUGUGGGCCUACGGGUCUGAGCAGCUGCGACAAAACGCAGAAGCUGCCGGUGAGGCUACGCUGCGACCCUCCGUUCAUAAGCAUCUGGACAGGCAAAGCGCUCGUUGUGUUUCCUUCGGCUUCCACGACUCUGCCGCAACUCGACCCUGGGAAUAGCUCAAGCGCCAGUGGACCCACCUCGACCGGAUGUGUUUCCUUGGUUUCCUCCUCUGUUUCCCUAGAAGAGAAACACUCCAUAGACGCCAAUUUGUCGAGCCACAGCGCCGUGGAUCGUUCGUUUCUUCCUCCGUUUGCUCCGGUUGAUGCCCUGUUCAACCGUAUGUGUUCAUGGCAGUCCGAACAUGACUGUAAGGGGAAUGACGCGAUUUCGUGGGAGCAGUUUUUUGAAGGCAGCAUUAAUGGAACCAUUUCAAACACUGAGCCAUCGCCACAAUUACCUGUCAUCCUUGAACACUCCCGAGAUAAUUUUUGUGAAAUUGCGGCGAGACCAGCCACGAAUGGAAUUGGAAACCCGACGACCGUAGUGUCUGAUCUUCUUUCACCCCAGUCGCCUGGCCGUCUGCAGAAGAAUAAUGCAAUCAAUGUUGCUGUUCCAGCCUCUGUCGAGUCACUGGUAAUCGGGGGACCUUUGGGCAGUGGUAAAACAUUUAUUCGUGCUCACGCAAUGAAAUACGCGGUAUGGAAGUACUACGAAACUGUCCGAUUGCGAAGGCCUCCCACUGCAGGCAACACAUCUUUGAGAUCUGUGAAAUCACCUGCAGAACGAACCGGUUCUGAGUUAAAUGAGGAAUUGCAGAAGGAAAUUGUAGGAGCAUGCAAUCAGCUUGCUGCUCUAAACAUCCUGAUCCGGGCCUUUUUCCACGCACCUGUCCCCAGCAACUCAUCUUCAACGAGAUGCUGCCUCAUGAUGGAAAUGCGCAUGCCCUGCAUCUCGACGGAAGUUUAGCGAGGCCGCUUGCUGGAGAACGGAAAAGCUUCCACAUCUUCGAAUUACUGUCCCACAUCAUGGAAAGUCAGAAAAAAGGAGCAGAGUCAGACAGGGGAGCUGGAGGGGCCGCCGGACCUGUUGUCUCUGACUCAACAACGCCACUUUUGGUCGAUGAAGUAAGGCAAGUGAACUGGUUGAGGAAAGUUCUGCUCGACAGCUUGGGAGGCCUUUCUCCGCUAACUACCUCUGACACCGUGGUCGGUGACAGAAAUAAUUCACUAGACAGUGAAGAUGACCAAUGGACAACUGAAACAAGAAGUGGCUCAGCAAUGGUUCAGUGGGCUCUCCAAACUGUCGGCUUCACGCAGGAGGAAAUGUCCUACGUGUUCAGACUCCUUCAGGUCAUUCAAACGUUAGAGGAUCUUGAUUUCUGCGACAGCCUUGCCACACGCCCUGAUUCGCAUGCCAAGACCCAUCGCUUGCAAGAGUCCGCCGAACGCAUGCAUCUCCUCAGGAAGCCUCAUGUGCGCUGCGAAGUAAGUGUGGAGAAAAUAGUGGCUGCACCUGAGAUCACAGAUUUUGCCACUCCUUACCAUCGCUCUGACACUUCCACAAUGAUGAUUCACAAAGAAUAUGGGUUAUCCUGUCAACACUGUCUUUUGCGUUACAGUUCGCAUCGCCCCCCUAAUGAGAGUGUGUGUACUGCGCUGAACGUUCGUCAGGGAUAUCGUCUGAUAUCUACUGGUGCAUCCCUUUGUCGAUUACAGAAUAUGUCCAACAUCAAGGCUACCGGUUUGUGUCCCUCCGUGCACCACAGGUCUUUCCUUUUCAGAGUCUUGACCAAGCUGCAGCUCUCCUGGAGGUACCUGCUUCUGUGCUUGAAGACAGCUUGA